AUUUUCUCGUCGACGUGUAAUUGUUGACAGAAAAAAUAACAAAUUGGCGCCGGAACGACCACGCCGUCCGUGCCAUCCCAUCACGAUUCGCUCAUGCGAGAAGGAUCGAUCAUUCUACGACGCCCCUCGCUGCGCGGAAGGGAACCCAGCGAAUCUCUCGACCAAUCGAGUCGCCCGACGAACGCCGCGUGGCGGACAAACCGACCCCACAGCUCUCCCGCGAAGAACGAGUCCGACGCCUUGAGCCCUCCGCCGUUGGUGGCUCGGAUGGGUCCAGAAACGACCGCGAGCGGGAUGCUUCUUUGUCUCAUCUGUCCACCCAACUCUCGAGUGCAUUUAAUUUGGCAGGUUGCAGAAGCCGUGGAUUUGUAGUGGAGAAUUAUCCUGCCCGCUGACUGCGAUCGAGAUGGAGCAGAUCGCAGCAAAGGUGGCUUCUUUGGUGGUUCCGCCGGCGCAGCAGCACCGAGGCGAGCUCGUCGUGGAGAAGCCCAGCGAGGAGAAGGGGAGGCAGCCGGGGGAAGCGAGGAGGAGGCGGCCUUUGGAGACGUCGACGGUGGAGGUGAAGGGAGCGGGAGGGAUCGUCGUCCUCGGCGGACUCCUCGUCGCCACUGCCGUCGCCGCCGGAGUCACCAUCGUCGCUCGCAGGGCGCAGGCGAAGCGGCCGCCGGGGAGUAAGAAAGAGAAAGCUGAGGGCUUGAACGGCAACGAUAAAAUCGAUGGAUCUGCCGGUAUCCAGGAGGAGGACGAUUGUGUUUCUGUGAAACCAAAGAGCAGUUCAUCUGAAGCUGUUACUUGUGAUGGUGUUGAAGAACUUCGAAAUGGCAGAGAGUUGGGCUGGCAGCAACUUGAUGAGAAAAAUUGGGGGAAAACAGAUUUGGGAUUGCAGAAUGGAAUAGGAAAGAAAGAAAUUGAUCAACAAGUUUCACUUGGUGAAGCUGAACAUGGAAUGAUCGAUAACGAAGAUGAUAAAGAAUCAGACCUAGGUAUGAACAAGCAGCAAUCUGAGGAACUUGAUAAAGAAGCUUCACCUGUUGAAGCUGAAGAUCUCGUGAACCAUGAUGAAAUAGAGCUGAAGGAAUCUGUUCCUGCUUCGGGCAAUGGAGAGAAAGAAGAUGAGCCCUCAUUAAAGCUACCACAUGUUGAUUAUGCAGAGUCUAUUCCUGCAAUUGAAAUCAGCAAACAAGGAUGUGAGAGUGUUCGCCACAGAGAUGAAAAAGUUUUACCAUUUUUGGAAGAAUCAAAGGAGUCUCAGUUCGAGAUGGCUGAGUGCAAAUUCAAUGUGUCGAGACCAGUGGGGCCUUUAACCUUCAAGGAAAUAGUUGAACAACAAAAAGUGGAAGCAUCGCCAAGUGAACUUGAAGAAGAGGCAAGGCCUCAGAUGGAUGUUAGUGAACAGCAAACUGCGCGAAUCAUAGAUGAACACAAGCAACAAAAAGAACAUGAGAUUUUGACAGUUGAAUCUGAAGACAAGGUGAAGCACCAUCAAACUGAGCAGAUUUCAGCAUCAGAGUUUGCUUUGGUUAAUGAAGAAAAAGAACCAAAGGAGCCUCAAUUCCAUAUGAUCGAAUCAGAGCCUUCUGCAUUAAAGGAAGAUAAAAAGGAAUUAUCAGUUGAGCAUGUCUUAAAUGGAUAUGGUAUAGAAAAAAUUGAACAACACAUUGAAGAAAAGGAGGAGACCGAGGCAUCUCCUGAAGGAGAAGAAAAAGCUGAAGAUGAAGCAAUUGAAGAAAAGAAAGAGCCAGAGUCAUCUGUUGAAGGAGAAGAUGAUGGAACCUACAGCAAUCAAACUGAACCUCACAUAAUUCAUUCUGAAGUCGGCACAGAAGAAUUUUCUGCCACGAAGGAAACAGAAGAGAAGGCUCAGCCUGCGUCAUUUGCUGAAGAAGAAGGAUCCAACAACAAACAAACUCAAACUGAGCAAGUCAUUGAUGAACACAAGCAACAAAAAGAACAUGAGAUUUUGACAGUUGAAUCUGAAGACAAGGUGAACCAGCAUCAAACUGAGCAGAUUUCAGGAUCAGAGCUUGCUUUAGUUAAUGAAGAAAAGGAACCGAAGGAGGCUCGAUUCCAUGUGACCGAAUCAGAGCCUUUUGCAUUAAAGGAAGAUGAAAAGGAAGAGGUGAAAGCAUUAUCAGUUGGACAACAAAGUGAGCAUGUCUUAAAUGAACAUGAUCUAACAAAAAUUGAAGAACACGUUGAAGAAAAGGAAGAGACCGAGGCAUCUCCUGAAGGAAACGAAGAAAAGAUUGAAGAAAAGAAAGAGGCAGAGGAAUCUCCAGAAGGAGAAGAAGAUGAGGAAGAGAUUGAAGAUGAGAAAGAACCCAAGACAUCUCAUGAAGAUGAAGAAGCAAUUGAAGAAAAGAAAGUGCCAGAGGCAUCUGUUGAAGGAGAGGAUGAUGGAAACUACAACAAUCAAACUCAACCUCACAUAAUUCAUGAUGAAGUCAGUACAGAAGAAUUUUCUACCACGAAGGAGACAGAAGAAACCGAUGAGAAGAAUCAACCUGCGUCAUUUGCUGAAGAAGAAGAAGAAGGAUCCAACAACAAUCAAACUCAAACAAAUACAGCUGAUCCUCAAUUCAGCACUGAAGACCAUUCUACGGUGAAGCAAGUAGAGAAAGUGUACAAUGAAAAGGAAGAGCCAGAGUCGUUUCCUGAAGAAGAAGCUCAAAUGAGAGAUGAGGGCUCUGAUAGUGCUCCAGUUUCUUCUGCAGAAGAAUCAAAUGAAGCAGUGAUCUCGCCGGCGGAGGCGGUGGAGCAAGGAAAGAUUUUACUGCAGGAGGUGCAGUCAAAAGUCUCGAGUGACUACUUAAUAUCCUCUGGGGAAGUAAAGGUUAAUGUGCAUGUAAAAAAGGUAGAAGAAAAGCAACAAGAAAGCAUUGCAGAAAGAGAGAGCAUCGUAAACAACAUGGUUCAGGUAAAUAAGGCAGAAGAAAAGGAAGAAGAAAGCAUGAUAGGGGGAGAGAAAAUCACAAAAGAUGAAAUGCAGCAACAGUUGAUGGCAACGAUCAAGAAGAAGGCACUGAUGUUGGAGAAACUCUUGAUGGAUAUUCCUGACAGAUUGUUGGUGGUUUUGCUGGUAAUCUCACUGAUCAUGGUGCUGCUUCAUUACGUCAAGCCUUUCUCUCAACCCUAUCAAAUGAUUUCUCCCUCCGAUGAGAAAUCACAAGGAAUUUGAACUGUGCUUUCUUAAGUGUUAGAAUUACAUCAAGGACCAGUUUUGCUUGAAUUCAGUCUUGAUAGUUAUCGUUCGACAAUCGUGUACUUUCUCUAUUGCCCGAUACAAUCUGUUGUCAGGCAAAUAAAAACCAGAGGAAAGAACAAUGGUUUUUAAAACCUUCUAGUAAUUUUGCUAAGUUAGUUUUGUUUGGUGGCGCACUAAUUCUAGAGGAUUUACGUGUUA